GAGGAAGCUGCAGUUGGCAGCGCCGGUGCAACCACCCUUGUUUUGCUCCUGUGGGACCAUGGAGACCGACAGUGUCUUCCCACAGCCUGCCGGGAGUGGGGCUGGGAGAGCCCCUGAGGGUGAUGGUGGGAAGGGGAGCGUGGAUGGUGAUGCCAUGAGCGGGAACCCCUACGCAGGGCUGGUGGGCCACCUGCGGGCAUCCUGGCUCUCCAGGAAGACACGGCCCAUGGAAUACCGCGUGGCCCAGCUGCAAGCCUUGGGACGCUUCCUGGAUGAGAAGAAGCAGGCGAUCCUGGAGGCCACCGCUGCGGACAUGGGCAAGCCGCCCUUUGAAGUUGAAUUAUCCGAGACGCUCCUGUGCAAGAAUGAGCUCCACGAGACCCUGAACAACCUGUCCCACUGGAUGAAGGACAAGCAGGUGGACAGGCCUCUGGCGACCCGGUUGGAUUCGGCCUUCAUCCGCAAGGAUCCGUACGGGGUGGUGCUCAUCAUAGCGCCCUGGAACUACCCCAUCUACCUCAUCCUGGGGCCCCUCAUUGGGGCCAUCGCUGCUGGGAACUGUGUCAUCAUCAAACCCUCAGAAGUAUCCAAGAACACCGAGAGACUCGUGGCAGAAGCGCUGCCCUGCUACCUGGACAAGGACUGCUUUGCUGUGGUGACUGGGGGUGUGCAGGAGACCACAAGGCUGCUGGAGAACAAGUUCGACUACAUCUUCUACACAGGCAGCCCCCCGGUGGGGCGGAUCGUGAUGACGGCCGCUGCCAAGCACCUGACGCCGGUGACGCUGGAGCUGGGGGGCAAGAACCCCUGCUACGUGUCCGACACCUGCGACGUGCCCAACGUGGCUCGGCGCGUGGUCUGGGGCCGCUUCUUCAACGCGGGGCAGACCUGCAUCGCGCCUGACUACCUGCUCUGCAGCCUGGAGAUGCAGGAGAAGCUGCUCCCUGCUCUGCGUGAGGCCAUCACGGAGUUUUAUGGCCCCAACCCCAAAGAAUCCCCGGAUUUUGGGCGCAUCGUGGGGGACAAGCAGUUCCAGCGGGUGCGGAAGCUGCUGUGCAGUGGGCGUGUGGCCAUCGGGGGACAGACGGACGAGGCCGAGCGCUACAUUGCUCCCACGAUCCUGGUGGACGUGCAGCCCUCGGAUCCCGUCAUGCAGGAGGAGAUCUUCGGGCCCAUCCUGCCCAUCGUCAUUGUGGCCAACAUGGAUGAAGCCAUUGACUUCAUCAACAGCCGUGAGCGGCCCUUGGCCAUCUACGCCUUCUCCUCCAGUGACAAGGUGGUGAACCAGGUCCUGGAGCGGACGAGCAGCGGCGGCUUCUGCGGCAACGACACCCUGAUGCACGUGACGCUGACCUCGUUGCCCUUUGGAGGGAUUGGGAACAGCGGCAUGGGAAUGUACCAUGGGAAGUUCACCUUCGACACCUUCUCCCACUGCCGUGGCUGCCUGAAGCGUGGGAUGGGCCGGGAGCCCCUCAAUGCCCCGCGCUACCCCCCCUACAGCCAGAAGAAAUUUGGGAUCAUCCAGGCCGCUUCCAAGGUGACACGUAAGGAUGACUGUACCCUGCUCUGAGGGUCCCUGUGUCCCGUUCCAAGGAUCCCCCUCCAACCCUGGCUGUGGUGUCCAGGUGCAAU